CACCAGAGGUAGUACAAAAACUUGAAGAAGCAAAGCAUAAUUUAUUAGAAAUCAAAGAAUGGAAAUCAUGCAUGGAAAAGGAACAUUCUAAAAAGAAAGAGGCACAGAAAAAAUACCGAGAAGCUUUAAGUGCACUUAAUCGAAAAGUAAAAGAUCAUGAUCAUAUAAAUGGAAACUACCGAGGACCAGCUCAUAACUCAUGUAAUAAAAAGUUACGCAUAGGCUCUUUCGAAACCAAAGUACCACUUAUCUGUCAUAAUUUCCGGGGGUAUGACUCUCAUCCGCUCAUGAAAGUUGUUUCAAAAUUUACGGCUGAUAAGCUAAAUUGUAUCCCUGAGAAUAUAGGAAAGUACAAAGCCAUGGACGUAGGACAGUUUCGGUUCUUAGAUAGCUUUCAGCAUAUGGGAAUGGGGCUAGAUAAAUUAGUUGAAUGUUUAG